UUCAGGAGAGGUGGUCCUCAGUGAUGUAUGGUCAGACAAAGACAUCCAUUACCCUGGCGAUUCAUGGGAAGAACCCGCAUCGCACCUCUUUGGUAACUUUAAGCAAUUCUACCUCAUGAAAAGAACACAUCGCCACCUGAAGCUUUUGCUCAGUGUCGGCGGCUGGACAUAUUCACCGUCAUUCCAUCCGGUUGUCGUAGAACCUAGACUGCGAGCCCGAUUUGUGGAAACGUCGGUUAAGCUUGUGGAGGAUUACGGUCUGGACGGUCUGGAUGUCGACUACGAGUAUCCACAGAACGAUGCCCAAGCGCGUGGUUACGUAGAUCUCCUUCGAGAACUCCGGGAAGGGCUUGAUAAGCUCUCAACAAAGAUUAGCGGCACGGGCCGAUUCGCAUUGACGAUAGCAGCUCCAUGUGGCGCUCACAACUAUGAAAAGUUGCACAUUGCGGAAAUGGAUUGCCAUCUGGAUUUCUGGAAUCUCAUGGCUUAUGAUUACGCUGGAUCCUGGGACUCUGUCUCCGGACACCAAGCUAACCUAUAUGGCGAAGGGCUCAGCACAGUCACAGCCAUCAACUUCUACGAACAACACGGAGUUACGCGCUCAAAAAUGGUGAUAGGCGUUCCGCUCUACGGGCGCUCUUUCCUUAACACUAAGGACCCUGGAUCUCCGUACAACGGUAUCGGCCAGGGCUCGUGGGAGGCUGGGGUGUACGAUUACAGAGCACUACCCAAGCCUGGAUCCGAUGUAUUUCAUGACGAAGCCAAGGUGGCGAGCUGGAGCUAUGAUACAACUAAGAGCGAGCUGAUUACGUUUGAUGACGAGUGGGCUGCACGCCGUAAGGCAGGGUGGAUUGUCCAUUCUGGAUUGGCAGGUGCUAUGUAUUGGGAACUAAGCGGCGAUAAGGACCAUGGCGUGCGAAACGGGAUGGAGAUUGGCGAAGGUAAGGCGGAGGUGCCAGGCGAAAGCCUGGUCAAAUUGGUGGCGAACGUUUUCGCAGAGGCUGGCCACCAUUUGGAUUCGACGCCCAAUCGCUUGCAAUAUCCGACCUCUUCGUUCCCUAAUCUCCGGGAAUGGAGCAAGUCCUGAUGGAAUGUGUCAAAGAUGGACGUUUGAAUAUCCAACCAAAUGUACGCGUGCAGCAACUCUCUAACCAACCCUUGUUUGAUGCCAUACUGGCUGAGUAAUUGUACAUCUAAAUCUGGAGCUUGUCAAUGAUUGCCCCUUGUUCACAAUCCACCGAUUUAUAUGCAGCCUCUUCAAGAAAUCAUAGUGCAAUAGCCGACGGAAGGAGGGAAUUUUGCUUUUUGAUGGAACAUGCAAUCCGCCUUUCUUUGUGCCAGGACCGCGGAGUGGAUGGUAAUUCAUUCCUGUGUCGAUCCCUUGGUUUGAAUAAGUCCAGAUGAGUUGCCUGGGCGUGGAUAUUAGUUAGUUUUGCAUUUCGGAUUCGGCAC